AGGUAUUAUGACGAAAAACGGUCAACCUUUAGAUCGCCGGAAGACGAAGUUUUAUCUGGCUCCGAUGGUACGCUAUUCCAAGCUUGCAUUUCGUAAACUUGUUCGACUCUAUGACGUCGAUUGCUGUUAUACACCUAUGAUUUAUGCGAAGAACUUCCUGGAAUCUGAGCAUUGUAGAUCUAGCGAGUUUUCGACUACACCCGAUGAUCGGCCUUUGAUAGUUCAGUUUGCGUCAGAUGAUCCUUUCGUUUUCGGUUCUGCUGCUGAGUUAGUGUACAAGUAUGCAACAGGUGUUGAUCUCAACUGUGGCUGUCCGAAGAGCGAUGUUCGAGCGAAAGGAUUCGGAAGUUUUCUUCUGAAUCGACCUGAACUCCUGUCCGAUAUAGUGAGGCAGUGCAGAGCUCGGAUUCACGAUCCAGACUUCACGAUCUCUUUAAAAAUACGCGUACAGUAUCCUUUGGAAAGGACCGUCGAUUUGUGUAGAAAGGCAGAAAAAGCCGGUGUAUCUCAUCUUACUGUACAUGGUCGAACACCUCAAAUGCGUUGUGAACCAGUUGACUAUGACGCCAUCCGGAUAGUGAAGGAAUCCGUGUCAGUGCCCGUGAUAGCCAAUGGAGAUGUAACGAAAAAAUUGCAAGCUUUGGAAAUCGCUGACCAAACGGGAGUUGAUGGUGUGAUGGCUGCAAACGGACUCCUUUAUAAUCCAGCUUUGUUCGCCGGAUACGAAUACACUCCUGCGAGUUGCGUCAGAGAUUUUCUACGACUAUCUGCUGACCACGGUUUACCGCUUCAUUUGUUUCAACAGCACCUGAUCUAUAUGCUCAGAGAUCUAACCACCUCGUGUCAACGACGGGUUCUGCACGAACUGUCUAGUCGUCCUGCAAUUGAAGAUUUUCUUGUGAAUGUUUUAUCAAUAAAUGAUGCAGAUUGGAUGCUUUCGUGUACUCCGAAUAAGUCUAUCUUAUUUGCGAAAUACCUUUUUGCAUUUUCCUAG